GCGGGGCCGAGCUCCAGCCGGGGCGGGCCGGGCGCAGGCAGCGGCGGGCGCUGCGGGACGGUUCGGGGCGGCCCGGGCGGGGGUAGCGCAGCCGAGAUGCCGGGCCCGGGCGGGGACCCCAAAGGGGAGGAUUACUCCACGGCCAUCCUGCGCCAGAAGCGUCGGCCCAACCGGCUCCUCGUGGAUGAGGCAGUGAAUGAGGACAACAGCAUUGUCAGCCUGUCACAGAAAAAUGACUUCUGAUGGGAGAGCAAAGGGAAGCCACAAAAGCAGUCAUGCGCCCCUCCCUGGCAGCAUAGGCAGGUCGGUUCAGGUGCCCGGAGCAGCCAAUAGAGACAAAUCACCACUGGGAGUGUGUGAAAGGACCAAGAUGGAGGAGCUGCACUUGUUCCGGGGUGACACGGUGCUGCUGAAGGGCAAGAAGCGCCGGGAGACGGUCUGCAUCGUCCUUACCGACGACUCCUGCCACAGCGAGAAGAUCCGUAUGAACCGCGUUACCCGCAACAACCUCCGCGUGCGCUUGGGCGACGUGGUGAGCAUCCAGGCCUGCCCGGAUGUCAAGUACGGGAAGCGGAUCCACGUGCUGCCCAUUGACGACACCAUCGUCGGCCUGGCCGGGAACCUCUUUGACGUGUACCUGAAGCCCUACUUCCUGGAGGCCUAUCGGCCUGUGCACAAAGGUGACAUCUUCCUGGUGCGCGGCGGGAUGCGGGCCGUGGAGUUCAAGGUGGUGGAGGUGGAUCCGAGCCCCCACUGCAUCGUGGCCCCCGACACCGUCAUCCACUGCGAGGGGGAGCCCAUCAAGAGAGAGGACGAGGAGGAGAGCCUGAAUGACGUGGGCUAUGACGACAUCGGGGGCUGCCGGAAGCAGAUGGCUCAGAUCAAGGAGAUGGUGGAGCUGCCCCUGCGCCACCCAGGACUCUUCAAAGCCAUCGGUGUCAAGCCGCCCCGAGGCAUCCUGCUGUACGGCCCCCCCGGCACCGGCAAAACGCUGGUGGCCCGAGCUGUGGCCAAUGAAACAGGAGCCUUCUUCUUCCUCAUCAACGGUCCGGAGAUCAUGAGCAAGCUGGCGGGUGAGUCAGAGAGCAACCUGCGCAAAGCCUUUGAGGAGGCCGAGAAGAACGCGCCGGCCAUCAUCUUCAUCGAUGAGCUGGACGCCAUUGCCCCCAAGAGGGAGAAGACACAUGGCGAGGUAGAGCGCAGGAUCGUGUCCCAGCUGCUGACGCUCAUGGACGGCCUGAAGCAGCGCUCCCAUGUCAUCGUCAUGGCUGCCACCAACCGGCCCAACAGUGUCGACCCCGCCCUGCGCAGGUUUGGGCGCUUUGACCGUGAGAUCGACAUCGGGAUCCCGGACUCAGUCGGGCGGCUGGAGAUCCUGCAGAUCCACACCAAGAACAUGAAGCUGGCCGAGGACGUGGAUCUGGAGCGGGUGGCCAGGGAGACGCACGGGCACGUGGGCGCGGACCUGGCGGCGCUGUGCUCCGAGGCCGCGCUCCAGGCCAUCCGCAAGAAGAUGAACAUCAUCGACCUGGAGGACGACACCAUCGACGCCGACAUCCUCAACGCCAUGGCCGUCACCAUGGACGACUUCCAGUGGGCUCUCAGCCAGAGCAACCCGUCGGCGCUGCGGGAGACGGUGGUGGAGGUGCCCCAGGUCUGCUGGGAAGACAUCGGGGGGCUGCAGGAGGUGAAGCGAGAGCUGCAAGAGCUGGUGCAGUUCCCGGUGGAGUACCCGGACAAGUUCCUGAAGUUCGGCAUGACGCCGUCGCGGGGCGUGCUCUUCUACGGGCCGCCCGGCUGCGGCAAGACCCUGCUGGCCAAGGCCAUCGCCAACGAGUGCCAGGCCAACUUCGUCUCCAUCAAGGGCCCCGAGCUGCUCACCAUGUGGUUCGGGGAGUCCGAGGCCAACGUGCGCGACGUCUUCGACAAGGCUCGCCAGGCCGCCCCCUGCAUCCUGUUCUUCGACGAGCUGGACUCCAUCGCCAAGGCGCGGGGCGGCGGCGCGGGGGACGGCGGGGGGGCGGCCGACCGCGUCAUCAACCAGAUCCUCACCGAGAUGGACGGCAUGACCAACAAGAAAACCGUCUUCAUCAUCGGGGCCACCAACAGGCCAGACAUCAUCGACCCGGCCAUCCUGCGCCCCGGGCGGCUGGACCAGCUCAUCUACAUCCCACUGCCUGACGACACCUCCCGCGUGGCGAUCCUGAGCGCCAACCUGCGCAAGUCGCCUGUGGCCCGGGAUGUGGACCUGAACUACCUGGCCAAGAUCACCCAUGGGUUCUCGGGCGCUGACCUCACUGAGAUCUGCCAGCGCGCCUGCAAGCUCGCCAUCCGCGAGGCCAUCGAGAUGGAGAUCAAGAUGGAGCGGGAACGCCAGAGCCACCCGGAUGCCGUCAUGGACGACGACUAUGACCCGGUGCCCGAGAUCCGGCGGGAUCACUUCGAAGAGGCCAUGCGCUUCGCCCGCCGCUCCGUCAGCGACAACGACAUCCGCAAGUACGAGAUGUUCGCCCAGACGCUGCAGCAGAGCCGCGGCUUCGGCAACUUCAGGUUCCCGGCUGGGAAGCAGAGUGGGGACGGAGGGGCCGAUCGCGCAGGUGGCUCCCGGCAGGGCGACAACGGCCGGGGCGGCCUCUUCCAAGAGGAGGGGGAUGAUGACCUCUACAACUGAUGGGCGGGAUCACUGGCCCCACCCCCUAUGCCAAAGCAUCAGCUCUGCCCCUUGUGCCAGACAGCCCCGUCCCUCGCACCAAGGCAUCUUGUACCGAAGCCUCGGCUCUGCCCCUUGCACCAGAAAGCUCUGCCUUCCCAACCAGACAGGUCCGUCCCCUGCCUCAAAGAGCUCCGCCUUUGCAACCGGAAAGCCCCGCCCCUUGCUCCAGAGAGCUCCGCCUUUCCAACUGGAAAGCCCCGCCCCUCGCUCCAGAGAGCUCCGCCUUUGCAACCGGAAAGCCCCGCCCCUUGCUCCAGAGAGCUCCGCCUUUCCAACCGGAAAGUCCCGCCCCUUGCUCCAGAGAGCUCCGCCUUUGCAACCAGAAAGUCACGCCCCUUGCUCCAGAGAGCCCCGCCUUUCCAACUGGAAAGCUCCGCUCCCCCUUGCACCAGGGAGCUCUUCCCAAGCAGGCAGCCCUGCUCCCGUGCCAGCUGCGAUUCCCCGCAUGCCCCAGUUGCUCUUGGUUGUAUUCUUUUGUGUGGUAACAAACCCAGGUCUCCCAGCCCCCACCCCAGAUCACAGGACCCCGGCGUCCUGUGGAGUCCCGUGAGUGUGGAGAAAGACCCCACCUCUGUGUCCCUCACAGCAGCCUCCCGCUCGGGAUUACAGCUCUGCCCAGCCAUGUGGCUCCUCCUGCCGGCAGCCGCCCCCAGGCCUGGGCUUAUCCUGCGGGCUGUGAUACUGAGUGUGCCAGCCCCUGGGGAGAGACACCCCCCCUGCCAGGUUGGUGCUGUCUUAGCGCCAGCUUUGUUCUGCCUUUCGGCUCCGUGGCCCAGGAAUGUGGGGAGGGAAGAGCACGACUCUCCCUGAGCCCCACCCCUGAAUCCAGGGGGAAGCAAGAGGAUCUGGACCUGGGUUGCCCUGGCACCUGGGCACCAUCCUGCCUCUGAGGGCACCCACACCCCACCCAGCGCCUCGCCUCCCUCCCCCAGAGGUGACAUGCGCAAGGGCCGAAGGGCCCUAGUUUGGGGCGAGAGGCUGUGGGACGUCCCAGAUUCCCUCUGCAGGAGCCAGCUGCAUGCGUGUGCCCAUCGCAAUCUGUAAGGGCUGGACACUAGUAAAGAUCUGGAUUAUG